AUCAUGUCCAGCAGUCUGUUGGCGAAAACUCUGGAGGACCUGAGUCUAGAUCCAGGCUAUGUGGCCGGGGAUCCCUGCCCGUCCCUCAGCCUGUCCUCCUCCGACAGGUCAAGGCAGUCUCAGCCGCACACGAGCACUCCUCGCCGGGGUCCCUGGUGGCAGCACGCCGGCUCUCUGUACAGCAGGAACGGCAGCUGGGACACGGUGAGCACGUUGCCGGAGGACGCGGCGGACAUCCUGGCCAAGUGUCCCAUCCUGCCGGAGCUGGAGGAGUAUCCCUGGACCGAGCAGGAGCUGCGGGAAGUCGUGCGUAAAGUCGCCGGGUGGGAUUCGUCGUUCACCGUGGAGGCUGGUCACCGCCUGUCUGUUCUGCUCCGGAGGGCUUUGGUGCGGGUCUCCAGAGAAGCGCAACGACUGAGUGAGCUCCACAGACGGUGCACCCGCCUGGAGGUCCAGAGCGCGGUGAGGCUGGUGCUGAGCUGGGGUCUGGCCGAGAAAUGCGUCUCCUCCGCGGUGAAGGCCGUGUCCCUGCACUGCAUGAGCUCCGGGGACAUCGCGGGUCAGCGGGGCAAGUCCGCACGCUGCGGGCUGACGCUCUCCGUGGGCCGCUUCUUCAGGUGGAUGGUGGACACACGCGUGUCUGUGCGCGUGCACGAGUUCGCCGCCGUCUGCCUCACAGCCUGUCUGGAGAGUUUGGCGGAGGAGCUGGUCCAGAGAGCGUUGGAGGCGGCGAGACAGACCGCGGACGACGAGAUGGAGCGAGGCGGCGGGGUCACCUGCUGCCCGGUGACCGCAGAGGUGCUGGAGGGCGCAGUCAGCAACGACACGGAGCUGUGGGGGUUGCUGCAGGUCUACGAGCAUCUGAUAUGCGGCAGAAAUGCCAAUGGUGAGCUGUCGCUGCCCGCCCAUGUUAGCCCGUACACAAAGGUUCCUGAGGGCUCAGUGGAGAGCAGGGAGGACGCUUACAUCCAGCUGGAGCUGCGAACGCUGGAGCAGGCACUGCUGGCCACCUGUGUGGGCAGCAUCGCGGAGCUCAGUGAUCUGGUGUCUCGAGCGAUGCACCACAUGCAGCGUCUCCGCAGCUUGAGUCCCUCCAUCAGCCCGGCUCGUUUAGCCAAUCAGCCGCCAGUAUCCUGGGCCCCGGACGCCCUUCGAACUCUCUACUACUUCCUGUCCAGCCCACAGAUGGAAUCACUGGAGAAUCCCAACCUGGAGCCUCCAACCAUGACACUGACCAGAGAGAGGCCGUUCCUGCUCCUCCCUCCUCUCAUGGAGUGGAUCAGAGUCGCCGUGGUGCACGCUGAACAUCGCCGCAGCUUAUUGGUGGACAGUGAUGAUGUCAGACAGACAGCCAGACAGCUGCUUCCAGGACUGGACUGUGAGCCCAGACAGCUGAGGUCAGAGAGCUGUUUCCAGUCCUUUAAGUGUCUGGAUGCAGAAGCUGCUUCAGCCAAGUUCCAGCUGGAUUUGGGAUUCAGGAUGCUCUCGUGCGGCCGAGCAGACCUGGUCCACCAGGCCACGCGGCUCCUGGGAGCUGAGAGGGUCAACACCAUGGACGACCAGGGAAUGACUCCUCUGAUGUACGCCUCUGCAGCAGGAGAUGAAGCGCUGGUGCAGAUGCUCAUAGAGGCCGGGGCUAAUCUGGACCUGCAGGUCCCAGGCUGCUCUGUCAGACACCCAUCUGUUCACCCUGGCAGCCGGCACUGGGUGGCCCUGACCUUCGCCGUGCUGCACAGUCACCUGUCUGUGGCUCAGCUUCUGCUGGAGGCCGGAGCAGACGUGGAGGGUGGAGCGCUGGUGGACGGUCAGGAGAGCUCCGCUGAGACGCCGCUACAGUUAGCUGCUGCUGCAGGUUACUACGAGAUGGUGAGCCUGCUGCUCACCCACGGAGCAGACCCUCUGCUCAGAGUGCAUCAUGGGAAUUCACUAACAUCGCCCCUGUAUGAAGAUAUGAACUGCUUCAGCUACGCUGCAGCUCACGGACACAGGAACGUUCUCAGGAGGCUGCUGCUGCAGCCCCAGCACACGAAGGAGGACAUCCUCUCUCUGGAGGAGAUCCUUGCUGAAGGGGUGGAAGAGGUGGACGAGGUGAAAAGUCCCGCACGUCCUCCGGGUCCUGAGUCCUCCAGCCCUGUUCCCAGGCUGUGUAAGGCCAGGAUGAAAGCUCUGCAGCAGGCAGCGUACUACAGCGCUGAGCACGGCUACCUGGAUGUAACCAUGGAGCUCAGAGACAUGGGUGUUCCCUGGAGGCUCCACAUCUGGCUGGAGUCUGUCCGCAGAGCCCGACAGCUGUGCAGGGACGAAGUCACCGUCUCCCUCCUGACAGAGUUUCCCUCCAUCAGGACGGAGGACUACAGCCCCGAGCUGCUCUCCACAGGCAUCCCGCUCAUGUUCAGCUUGUUAGAAACCAGCAAGGACUACGUGAUAACCAAGCGGUUGGCGUCUGUGUUUUCUCACUGCUACGGCUGCUCUCCCGUUCCUCCCGUCCCGCCCAUGGACGUCACGCUGUCUACACAGCUAGAUAUUCAUUUCCUCAACAAUCAGGAGAUGUCUGAUGUGACAUUCAUGGUGGACGGGCGUCCGUUCUUCGCCCAUCGGGUGCUGCUGAUGUCGGCCUCUGAACGGUUUCGGCGUUUGCUCAGUGACUCUCCUGACAACAUCAUCCACCUCAGUCACAUGACCUACAGCACAUUCCAGAUGAUGAUGAAGUCUCUGUACUGUGGAGGAACAGAGGGACUGACUGUCUCACAGUCUGAAGCCAUGAAGCUGCUGCCGGUGGCCUCGUUCUUCCAGCUCAGAGGUCUGCAGAGAUGCUGUGAGAUGACGCUGUCGCAAAGUCUGACUCUGGACAACAGCGUCCACAUGUAUCAGACUGCCAAGCACCACGGCGCAGAUGAACUCUGCAGGUUUUGUGAAGGAUUCUUCCUGCAGAACAUGGAUCAGCUCCUGGACAGAGAGGACUUCCACCGCCUGCUGCUGGGCGGUGUCGGCCAGGCGCUGCUCCGCACGGGGACGGGCGCCCAGGGCCAGGAUGUGCCGGGCCUCCUGAGGGACCUUGAGGCUGCGCUGAUCCACAGACUUUACACCCUUCACUCUGCGUGUCGAGGAUAG